CCACUGCCCCAUCCGGAAUACCUGCCUGCAGCACUGUGGUAGUGGUAAUGAGGCACAGAAUAGAGAAGGGUGUGCCCAAACUGCCCAACCCAGUGCCCGGCACGUCCUAGCACUUCGUAAGUGGUGGCUGCUGUGUUUGGUGAUAAUGUAAGUAGUAAUUUAGUCUGUGAGGGUGCGGCUGAUCUCCAGGGCCCGGCCAAGAGCCUGGCAGGCCCAUAGUCAGCAGGGGCAGGAAUGCAGAGCCGAAUUGGGGAGAGCCUCAGGGCCAGGCUCUUCUGAACUGUACAUGUUUCCGAUCUGCCUAACUGCUUGGAAUACCCGCCGUGUGCCAGGUCCUCACCUGCCCGACCUUGCAGUAUCCCAGCCAUACUCUCCCUGAGGACUCCAGGGGAGGAGUCCUGGCCUCCUCCAGCUCCUGGUGGCCGGGUAUUCCUUGGCUUCUGGCGGCCUUGCUCCAGUCUCUGCCUCCGUCCUCCCAGGGCCGUUUCCCUCUGUUUCUGUGCCCCUGUGUCUUCACAUGGCGUUCUCUGCCUGUGUGUGUCUAUGUCCAAAUUCCCUUCUCAUAAGUUCACCUGUCAUUGGAUUAGGGCCCACCUGAAUGACCUCAUCUUGCCUUCAAGGUCCCUGCUUCCAAAUAAGGUCAUAUUUAUAGGGACCAGAUUAGGACUCCCGUACAACUUCUUUGGGGACACAAUUCAAUCCGUAAGAUUUCCCGGAAAGCGACUGUUGAAAGUGAAGAGUCAGUUCAAAGACCUGUCCAUUCAGCCACUCACAGUAUGAGUGGUUAUGUCUGCCUCUCGUGCCAGAGGGCUGGGUGCCGGAGAUAACAGGGUUGGGCAGAUGGACUGUGAGCUUUGCUGCAAAUGCUCACACCUAAAUCUAGAAAGAGUCAGUGGGAUGAGAGGGAGUCGGGGAACUGAGAGAGUCCCUGCGCUCCCACACGUAUAAAAGGCGUGCACAUGGCAGGCUGCAAGGGAGUGCCAAGCGCCUACAGGUGGAGGGGAAGGUGCACAAGGGACUGGGAGGGGGGAAGUAUUAAAUCCAGCGGAGGUGGUGAGAGUGGCCCCCCAGGGAGUGGCCUUUGAACUGUGUCUCCAGGGUCGGUGGAGUCGGAUAAGGGGCAGUGGAGAGAACCGUGCAAGCCCGGGCUCAUGUGUGGGAAAGGGUUGUGUGUGUGCACAGCCCAGCAAGGAGUGGCCGCUCCACCGGAGCAAGAGUACAUGAAAUGGAAGGGUAAGAACCUGAGGCAGGAGUGAAACCGAAGAGAAAUUGGAUGUUCCUGUUGGCUGCCUAAGUACCUAUGGAGUAUGGCAGGAAAAGUGAAGUGGGUCACUGACAUCGAGAAGUCGGUGCUGAUUAAUAACUUCGAAAAGAGAGGAUGGGUCCAAGUGACAGAGAAUGAGGACUGGAAUUUUUACUGGAUGAGUGUGCAAACCAUCCGCAGUGUUUUCAGCGUUGAAACCGGCUAUCGGCUCUCAGACGAUCAAAUAGUCAACCAUUUUCCAAACCACUAUGAACUAACCCGGAAGGACCUGAUGGUGAAGAAUAUUAAAAGAUACAGGAAAGAGCUGGAGAAAGAAGGGAGUCCUCUGGCAGAAAAAGAUGAGAACGGGAAAUACCUCUACCUGGACUUUGUCCCGGUCACCUACAUGCUGCCCGCUGACUACAACCUGUUCGUGGAGGAGUUCAGGAAAAGUCCCUCCAGCACCUGGAUCAUGAAACCCUGUGGCAAAGCCCAGGGAAAGGGCAUCUUCCUGAUCAACAAGCUCUCGCAGGUCAAAAAGUGGUCCCGGGACAGCAAAACUUCUUCGUUUGUGUCUCAGUCUACUAAGGAGGCCUACGUGAUCUCUCUCUAUAUUAACAACCCCUUACUGAUUGGCGGAAGGAAGUUUGACCUGCGCUUGUACGUCCUGGUGUCCACGUACCGCCCGCUGCGCUGUUACAUGUACAAGCUGGGGUUCUGCCGCUUUUGCACAGUCAAGUACACGCCCAGCACCAGCGAGCUGGACAACAUGUUCGUCCAUCUCACCAACGUCGCCAUCCAGAAACAUGGGGAGGACUACAACCACAUCCACGGGGGCAAGUGGACCGUGAACAACCUGCGGCUCUACCUGGAGAGCACCCGGGGCAAGGAGGUGACGGGCAAGCUGUUUGAUGAGAUCCACUGGAUCAUCGUGCAGUCCCUGAAGGCCGUGGCGCCGGUGAUGAACAACGACAAACACUGCUUCGAGUGCUACGGCUACGACAUCAUCAUAGACGACAGGCUGAAGCCCUGGCUGAUUGAGGUGAAUGCGUCCCCGUCUCUCACCUCCAGCACCGCCAAUGAUCGAAUCCUUAAGUAUAACCUGAUUAAUGACACCCUCAAUAUCGCGGUUCCUAACGGCGAAAUCCCAGACUGUAAAUGGAACAAGUCACCCCCAAAGGAAGUUCUUGGCAAUUAUGAAAUCCUGUACGAUGAGGAGCUGGCACAGGGUGAUGGUGCUGACCGAGAGCUGAGAAGUCGUCCGGGCCAGCCGCUGGGACCCAAAGGGGGCCGACUGAGGGACUCGGGGAGAACUGUCCUCACAACCUGGAAGUGACCACCAGUAAGAGCAAAAGACUCCAGCGUGGACCCUGCCCCCACUGCUCACCGCUCCCAGGCCCUUGCUGAAGGCCUAUUUUGACAUUUCCUUUUUCUAGAGCUUUUUUUUCCCUCUCCCUAAGCCCUAUAAAUAAAUAAAGGUACUUCUUUGGAAGGUUAA